CGCCGACUUCACGGCCAUGGAUAGCCCAGACACCACCGUCCAGCUCACCGGCGGCGGCGGGCGCGUGCUGCUGCUGCCGUUCCCGGGGAUGCAGGGCCACGCCAACCCGAUGCUGCAGCUCGGCCGCCGCCUCGCCUACCACGGCCUCCGCCCCACGCUCGUCCUCACCCGCCACGUCCUCUCCACCACCGCUCCCAAAGACUGCCCAUUCCCCGUGGCCGCCAUCUCAGACGGUUUCGACGCCGGCGGGAUCGCCUCCUGCCCCGACACCGCGGAGUACCUGCGCCGGAUGGAGGCCGCCGGGUCGGACACGCUGGCGCGGCUCCUGCUCGCCGACGACGACGUGCGCGUGCGCGUGCUCGUGUACGACUCGCACUUGCCCUGGGCACGGCGGGUGGCGCGGGAAGCCGGCGUGGCCGCGGCCGCGUUCAUGACGCAGAUGUGCGCGGUGGACGUGGUCUACGGCGAGGCGCGCGCGGGGCGGGUCGCGCUGCCGCUGGCGGACGGGAGCGCGCUGCGUCGCCGGGGUGUGCUCAGCGUGGACCUUGGGCCCGAGGACGUGCCGCCGUUCGUGGCCAAGCCGGAGUGGUACCCGGCGUUCACGGACUCAGCUCUCGGGCAGUUCGACGAGCUGGACCAGGCCGACGACGUGCUCGUCAACUCCUUCCGCGACCUGGAACCCACGGAGGCAGAUUACAUGGAGUCAAGAUGGCGCGCAAGGACCGUCGGCCCGACAUUGCCAUCGUUCUACCUAGACGAUGAUCGUCUGCCAUUGAACAAGUCCUACGGUUUCAACCUCGUCUCCAGCACUGCUCCAUGCAUGGCAUGGCUAGACAACCAGGCUCCUUGUUCCGUGGUCCUUGCAUCCUAUGGCACGGUCGCUAACCUCAACACGGCACAAAUAGAAGAGCUAGGCUAUGGGCUCUGCGCUUCCGGCAACCCAUUUAUCUGGGUUGUGAGGCCAAGCGAGGCACAAAAGUUGACUGAAGAAGUACGAGACAACUGCAAGCAGAAGGGCUUAAUUGUACCUUGGUGUCCCCAACUCGAGGUCUUGGCGCAUAAAGCGAUAGGUUGUUUCUUGACACACUGCGGAUGGAACUCGACGACAGAAGCAAUUACCGCCGGUGUGCCGAUGGUGGCAAUGCCACGGUCGGCAGACCAGCCAACCAAUGCAAGGUAUGUGGAGAAGGCAUGGAAAAUCGGCGUGCGGAUGCGGGCCAAUGAGAAAGGUUACGUCACCAGGGAGGAAGUGGAUGGCUGCAUCAAAGAGGUGAUGGGUGGAGAGAGGAAGGAGGAGUACCGUGCAAACGCUAAAAAAUUCAUGAAGAUGGCCAAAGAGGCAAUGCAAGAGGGAGGGAGCUCCGACAAGAAUAUUGCUGACUUUGCAGCAAUGUAUUUACCGAAUUAAAUUUAUUUGUGCUUUCUAUAGCUGGUGGCAAGAACUCACGGUGUUUGAAUUAUGUACCCAGUUCCAAGUCCCCAACAAUCUUGUGCCCAGUUCAAAGUCCCCAACCAUCUCUUGCAUCCUCUAUUCGGGCUAAUUGGGAAAACCCAAACCCGGACCCAAAUUUUCGGGUUUAGAUAUUUUCGGAGGAAAAUCGGGUGCCAGAUCUAGAAACCUGAAAUAUGGAAACCAGAAAUACCCGAGAUCAGCACCUUCUGUA